CAAAGAGGAAAUCAGUCAUUAUAGAAUUGUCAGCUUAGUAAAAGGUUCUAUAUUUUGUUACACCGAUUCUCUGCCAGAAUAUUAUUAUAUUGAAUUAUAGUUUGAACGCAUUUGGUCAGUAUUGAAAGAAGAAACAUUAAGUUAAAGGUUUCUUACAAUGUCGGCUUUCCCAAUGCCAGAUGUCUCAAGCCCUUGGGGCUACCAUCCAGGAGCUACAUCGACGAGCGUAUCAGGAUAUCCAGGAAGCAACGCUACACUGCCUAUGCAUUUUAACGGGUAUUCAUAUAUGGGAGCAACACCUUUGACACAGCAGCCACGGAGGCAUUUUCCCAAUGCAACACCAGUUUUGGGAAAUUAUAUUGGAAAUCCAACAGAAAACGACCUAUCGUUAGAUCCAUACGUUUCAAAGUUUUCACCAACUACACAAUGGCAAAUGACUGGUAAAACAUACACGGGAGAUAAUGAUCAUUAUUCACCGCAAGAUAACAUCGAUAACAAUAAGAACUUUUACGACUCUCCGGUUAAUAAUGGACAAUUAAUGGAAUUACCGGAUCCGAAAAUGCAAGUGCAGUUAUGUGACAGAGAAUUGUGGGACCAGUUUUCAAAAGCUGGAACAGAAAUGAUUGUUACUAAAACCGGAAGACGAAUGUUUCCUGGCUACAGAAUUAAACUCUCAGGGUUAGACCGAGACGCAAAAUACUGUGUUAUGAUGGAUAUUGUUAAUGUGGAUGACCACCGAUAUAAGUUCCAGCAUGGUGAAUGGACAAUUGCGGGAAGGGGAGAACCACAUCUUCCGCAGAGAUUUUUUCUUCAUCCUGACUCUCCAGCAACAGGUGCAAAAUGGAUGAGUGAAAUUGUGUCUUUCCAUAAAGUGAAACUCACGAAUUCAGUAGGAAGAGACGUGGAUGGCAAAAUUGUCCUGAAUUCAAUGCAUCGAUAUCAACCUCGUAUACAUAUUGUUCGUACCAAUGAUCCUACAAGAGUUCACAUGCAACGAUUAUGUACGUUCGCAUUUCCCCAAACAGUUUUCAUCACAGUUACUGCAUAUCAAAAUCCAGAGGUAACAAAGUUGAAAAUUGACAAUAACCCAUUUGCAAAAGGCUUUCGUGAAGAUGGCGCAAGAGCGAAGAAACCAAGAACGUCGCAGAAUCAAUUUAAUAACGAAUUUCAUCAAGCAACACCUUACGCAGAAUCAAAAAGGCCUGCUUAUGAAAUGCAUUACAGACAAACACCUUUGCAGCAUACCCCGGUUAUGGGAAAUCCUAUUUCUCGAUUGGGUUUUGACAAUGGCGCAUCUCCAGAGCUAAACAAACUGAGGUCGCACAACAAUGGCUUUUCUCAAUAUAGCGGGACAAGUUUUUCAGAAGACUACAAUUCAAAUGCACAUACCAGCUACGGCCAAAGUGUUUCUAAUUCCACAUUUCCAGACUAUUGGAAGACACUUAAAUCGGAUCAGAACUGUUACGGUUCCUCAGAACUUUAUUCACAGCCGGGGCAAAAUAUGCAAAUGAAUCAAAAUCACCAUACAACAGUUAUACUAGCUAACAAUCUGUCAAUAUCCCAAGGUACGCCAGGAGCACAAGGUGCGAGUAGUUUGCCGCAUUUCAGCCUUUCACCAGACAAUAAUACAAUAUACAAAUCCAGUACACAACACACAGAUCUGAGGACAGGAUCCCCGCAAAAUUUUGACGAUAUAUUGGAAGAAUCUGUUCAUAGCAUCACACCAUGUCAAAGCAAAGGCCAGGACAAAGUUACUCGUUCUUCUGAUAGCGGGAUUGGUUCUUCGCCAUCUACCAUGUCCGAUGACGACAAUUCACAAGCGCCAACUAUAGCUAUGAACAACAGUGUACAUUCAGAGGCCAGGGAUAUUGGAGAAAUGCCCAAAGCGCGCACAGAAAUAACAGAAGAGCACGAUAGUAAUAAAAGUUUCGAAGACCUGCUGACUCAGUCACCACAAAACAUUCAAAACCUUCAAGUUGUUAAUCCACUCACCGAAGAGAAUUUGCUAACAAAUGAUUCUUCAAACGAUUCGGCAUCUACUCACCACGACAACUCAUUCCCAACAACGGCUUAUGUUCCUGAAAGCCAGCAAAGUCAAUUUGGAAACCCAGAAGCUAUUUUUGCUUUUUCACAAGAUACGUUUCAUCGUGCUUUCACAUCAGAAUCGAACGGAACAGAUGAUGCCAUAAACUGGGAAACAGGACUUGUUAAGAUGUAAUUUUGAUAGAAACAGUCAAACAUUUACCAAUUGGUCGUAUACUGGGCGAUCAACUUUUUGCCAAUGUUAUUUAUCUGUAUAUACUGAAUUUACUUCACUGUCUUUUAUUUUGAAAAUAAAAUUUCGAACCGAUAA